AUGGACGAUGAUUCGAGCAUUGUUUUGAACACUAAAUGGAGUGCUUUUCCGGCCGGAACCUCGGAUUCAGGCGAGAGCAGCUUCGAUCAUCGUCCCAGCAAACGUGUCCGGCGGAACGAUCACGGUGGGUCGUUGCCGAGGUUUAAAGGUGUCGUCCCACAGCAAAAUGGGCAUUGGGGUGCACAAAUAUACGCCAACCACCACCGGAUAUGGCUCGGGACGUUCAAGUCCGAGAAAGAGGCUGCCAUGGCAUACGACAGUGCGGCCAUCAAGCUACGGUGCGGCGGCAACACCCAUCGGAACUUCCCCCGGACCGAUCUCAACGUCCAAGAACCGGCCUUUCAAAGCCUCUAUUCCGACGAAGAUGUACAGAACAUGAUCAGAGACGGUUCGUAUCAAGCCAAGUUGGAAGAUUUCGUCAAGAUUUUGUCUAACAAAGAAGGGAGAUCGACCGUUAAUCUUAGCAAGAAGCUCGUACAUGGCGAUACACAGUUUUCAUGCACUCAGCUUUUCCAAAAGGAAUUAACACCGAGCGACGUCGGCAAGCUUAACCGGCUCGUGAUCCCUAAAAAACACGCCGUUAAACACUUCCCUCAAAUCCGCGAGACCGAUCAACAGAGGUUGGCCGGCGGUGCGGUCGAAGACGCCGAGCUUGUCUUCUACGACAAGUUAAUGAAGACAUGGAGAUUUCGUUACUGCUACUGGAGGAGCAGCCAGAGCUUUGUGUUCACAAGGGGAUGGAGCCGAUUCGUGAAGGAGAAGAAACUCAGUGAGAAAGAUGCUGUGACGUUCUACGCAUGCGAAGAGUGCCCCGGAUGGGAUCAAAAUAGUAGGAAUUUCUUCCUCAUUGAUGUGAAUUACAAUGGCCGGAAAGAUACAUCGGCCGAUGACGACGUUCGGAAGGAUAAUUUGGAGUUGGAGCUGAAUUUAGGGAAGAAGAGUUACUGUAGUAUUAGUGGUGAAGAUGAAACAGUAGAGAAGAGAAGUGUAACCCUUUUUGGAGUACAGAUCAACUGA